AUGGAAGGACUUUCCGUCGCGGCGAAUGGCCUCGCUAUCAUAUCUGUAGCAUUUCAGCUUACCGAAGCGUGUAUCAAACUCCACACUUUCUGGGAGACGGUGGAAGAUGCCCCUGGAGAGAUUGCAGCCAUCAAGGAGGAUCUACGCUAUCUGAUCUCGGUCUUCAAGAGGGUAGAAUCUCACAGCAACCCUCUUGGCAGUUGUUUAGCAGAAGGAGUACAACACUGCCGAGCCAAGAUUGCAGAUUUGACACUUAUUGUUGAAAGAUUCGACAAUGGCUUCCAAUCGCUGUCGCGAAGGAAACGAGUACGCACAGCCUUCAAAGCUGCCCUUCACAGCAAACAUAUCCAACGAUUUCGCGACUCACUGAAUGAUGCGAAGUCGACACUCACACUAGCUUUGGCCCAUGAAAGCGUGAUUCAAUCUCUCUCUUCUCGUCUUCCAACAAAAGUAAAGGUACAUGACGAGAUCGAACGAUACGGGACCGCCAAAGCCGCCCAAAGAGAUUUGCUUCGUUCAACCGAGAUCGAUGACGCUUCUGGUUGGAUAGCAGUGCAAAGCGUCCCCUCGAAAUACGUCGGCCAGCGUUCUCUUCGCCGUAUGAAGUCUCCAAACACUGCAACACUGCAACCUUUGGGCGAAAUGCUAAUCAAGCAUCCGUCGAUUGAUUACAAAGUACAGGAGCUCAUGUUGCAUGCUAUCGCACAAACCGCUGUUACCACCUUUGAAUCAACAUCGAUGGAGAUAUUUGCACAAGAUGGCUAUACGAUUGAUGCAUGUGGACAGCUGCGGACCAAGACUUUCGUCUAUGCUGAAAACCUGCGGUAUCACGUAAACCACCAUGUAUCGACCUUCCGGACUGCACUCGGGUGUGCUUGGUUACGUACAACUACCCUUCACCACGACAACAAAUCUUCCAAAAGACAAAGGAAGUUACAGAUCAUCAGAUCCCUGAUCUUAUAUCCUACAAGAUGGCUACAGUACAUGGGUAUUCAAAAUGGCCUCGAAGCUGUCGUGGCAUCUGGAGGUCGGAGCUGGCUCUUCAACUGUAAUAUAACAGUGACCCGCCCUGUUCCUGACGACGCACUCAUCUUCGGACUUUGUCGCACCGGCCAGACUCGUGCUGUAGAAGCACUUUUGGAGAAAGGAAUGGCAAGCGUAGUCGACACAAGCCCGAAAGGGUGGAAACCACUGCAUUUCGCUGCCGCAGCAGGUCACGUCGAUCUCUGCGCUUUACUCAUCAAGGGAGGCGCAGACAAGUCUGCACUAGUGUAUGAAGGGCCUUCUGACGCUAUCUUAUCACCCAUAUCGCUUUUCGUAUCAUCUUGUACGGAUGAGCAUGCUGAUACCAAGAUCGCCAUGCUCAGGCUAUUCUGCGAAUGCAUUGAUAUAGCCGAUGCUGACAGCGACGGUUGGUCCGUUCACGACUGGCUCAAGCGAGCAUACGCGAGGGAACGAGUGCCAAUCUCACGGAACAGUAUCACGUGGCUACUUCAUCUAACCGUGAAUGAAGAGCAGUUUCUGCAAGCCUUACCGAGUAUCUACUCAGCUUGGUGCACUGCCCUCCUAGACUGCAUCGAGCAAGUCAAGACGUAUAUGCGGGAAGAGCUUGAUCGCUUCUUAUGCGAACUUGGUAUGGCGCAAGGAGCGUUUAUCCGUGCACUGACCCGGGCCAACAAUCUCUCGCACAACAACAGUUCUGGAAAGCUACCAAGAACUGCAUGCACGCACUGCAAAGACGACUAUGGCCCAUUUGCUUGCGGGUUGGUCGAACCUGCGCGUAUAGCUGUUACAGAAUGCGUCAAAUCGGGUCACAACGCGAACUGCGUCUGCGACAAAGUGCAGAAAGCCCCCACAAUAUCGGACGAACUUCCGGAGUACACCGGAAUGUUACAAACAGACAGCGACAACGACAACGACAAUACGCAUGAGGACGACGAGUUCUUCGACGCCCAGCCACACGUUUUCAACGAUGAAGACCUCCAAAUAACUCCAACAUCGAGCAUGUUCACCGACAUCGCGACUUUGCUCUACAGCGCUCAAGGCAAAAUGUGGCUCGGUGAACACUCAGUCGGAGAGCGCCUAUGCUCGACUUGCCUCUUGCUCAAGGAGAAGUACAUCGGCAAAGAUGGUCUAUCUGCUGACUUUCCACCAAUGCCGAUGAGCUUCGAUGGCCUACGUGUGAAGUGGUGA